AUGAGAUCCCAUCUCGCUACACUCGUUCUGGUCCUGCUGGUCGGCAUAAUCAAGAACGGUGCAUCUGGAACGUCUGUACACGCAAGCAUCGCGCGUCCCAAGGUGACAUUCUCAACUCAAGACAGCUCGGCUCACUUGGAUGAUAUCCACCAUCUGGAAUGUCAGCUGAGCAUUUCCCGUCAGCACGACACACUCAACACUCUUCGAUGCAAAGCGCAAUCCAUCGCAGGAACCUUCGGCAAAGACUUGUACCUGCUAAACAAGAAUACUCUGAAAGCUUGCACUCAAAUCUACAAAGACAUGGUCGAAUCCGAGGCACGCGGUUACCGCGCCAAGCUGGGCGACUGGGCUCCAUAUAUCUUCAACUCACCUGUCGAGCGCUUUGUGUCCGAUGGUGCGGUCUUCCUGAAUGGCUUGAAGCCUUUGAGACAUGACGCACUAGAGCUGGCAAGCUUGAGCCAGCACAACAUCUCAGAAUGUGCAUCGAUGCUGGUCGGAUUUUGUCAAGGAGAGUCUCAGCCGUGUGUGGGCAAUGAUGCCUUCGUGUCCCGCACGCGAUCUUCCUUGGAGCUCAAAGCCUGUGAUCAGAUCGAGCCGCUGAAACAUCUCGAACAGGCAGCAAGGGCGUGGUCAGAGGUGGCAUAUGACAUCGAAGAGAUAAGAAAGGUCUUCAGCUCGACCUGGGGGUUGGUCAAGGACUCGCAGGUGCAGGAGCAGAAAGCGUCCGAAGAGUGGGUGGCUAACGUGGUCGCGAAGUGGAUCGCCAUGCUGGAGGAUCUGGUUGUGCGUACCAGAAAGCACAAAGGUGAUGGCGAGGUUCCGGCAGGUACUCCGACCACCACUGAGGCAUCUAUCACGCUUCCAUUGUUUUACGAACCUUUGCGCCAGGGUGUUUGGCGGCUUUGA